AUGCACGGAAUCACAGAAGAAAUAAUACAAAUAGUGUUACAGCACUGGGUAACGGUAGCCAUUGUGAUAUCGUUCUCCUGGCUGCUGAGGAAUCGGUUUCGUCGAGGACUGAACAAAUAUCCUGGUCCUUUCCUUGCCUCCCUGACCGACUGGUGGCGGUUCAUCGAUGUCUGGGGCCGGAGGCCCGAGGUCACCCACAUCAAGCUGCACGAGAAGUAUGGAGACGUUGUCCGGCUCGGGCCCAACACGCUCUCGUUUGCAGAUCCGGUGGCUCUGAAGGCGAUCUACGGUCUGAACAAGGGUUUUGUGAAGUCGGACUUUUAUGUCGUCCAACAAUCCGUCGUCAAGGGACACUCGCUCCAGAGCCUGUUCAGCACGGUCGACAAUGACUUCCACCAGCAGUUCCGCCGCUGCGUGAACUCGGCCUUUGCCAUGUCGGCGCUGGUCCAGUACGAGCCCUUCGUGGAUAACACGACCAAGCUCUUCCUCGAGAAGACAAAGGAGUUCUUCGUGAACAACCCGCAGGGGUGCGACUUCACCCGCUGGCUGCAGUUCUACGCCUUUGAUGUCAUCGGCGAGAUCACCUACAGCAAGCGUCACGGCUUUGUGGAGAAGAACGAGGACAUUGAUGGGAUCGUGGCCUAUCUUAGCAAGCUCUUCAAUUACGUCGCUCCUGUCGGCCAGAUUCCCAUCCUAGACAAAAUCUUCCUCAAGAACCCCAUCUACCUCAAGCUCUCGGACUGGGGCAUCGUGGACGCCACAUUCCCCGUAGCCAAGUUCGCCAGCGCCCGCAUGGCGGAGCGCCUCAUACCCGACCUCGAGGGCGGCAUCGACAGCAGCGACAAGGCCAAGGCCACGAUCCUGCCGACCUCGGCACCCAAAGAGAAGCCACCGACCAUGGACCUCCUCUCCAAGUUCCUCGCCGCGCAGGCAUCCUCCCGCCAGGGCUUCAUGACCGACACCCUCGUGCAGACCAUGGCCGUGUCCAUGGCCUUUGCCGGCAGCGAGACCACCGCCAUCAGCCUGGGCGCCGUCUUCUACUACCUCCUCCGCAGCCCGUCCGCCAUGCAGCGCCUGCGCGCCGAGAUAGACGACGCCGGCCGCCGCGGCCUGUUCCAGGACCGCCAGACGGGGCUCGUCACCUGGCACGAGAGCCAGCGCCUCGAGUACCUGGAUGCCGUCGUCAAGGAGGCCUUUCGGAUGCACCCUGCCCCCGGGCUCCCGCUCGAGCGCAUCGUCCCGCCCCAGGGCGCCGAGAUUGCCGGGCGGUUCAUCCCCGGCGGCACGAUCGUGGGGUGUUCUGCCUGGGUGAUCCACCGGAACAAGGAGAUCUUCGGGCAAGACGCUCAUGUCUUCCGCCCCGAGAGGUGGCUGGUGGACGAGGCCAAGGACAAGGCGAGCGAGGAGGCGCGGAUCAAAGAGAUGACGGGCACCAUGCUGCAGUUUGGCAUGGGGAGUCGGACGUGUAUCGGGAAGAAUAUCAGUCUGAUGGAGAUUUACAAGCUGGUGCCGAGCCUGCUCAGGAGAUUCGAGAUUGACUUUCAGGAUUCAAAUCGGGAUUGGAAGUUGUGCAAUUCGUGGUUCGUCAAGCAGACGGACUUUUGGACCAAGUUCUCUCUACGAGAGAUACCACAGCCUGCAGCUGAGGCAUCGAUAUGA